AUGGACAUAAAACACGGGCACCCACCACCGACGAUCGUGGGCACCACCCUCGACCGCUCCUCACAGUCCAGUCCACUCAUGUCGCCGUCCAUCCCUGCUGAGAGCAACGAUACGCUAGAGCUCGGAUCAUCCAUCCGCAUCCCGCCCAUAGAUCCCUCAAACCCACCUCCUCAGCUUUCCAAUGACCCCACAUUCACUUCAGCCCUGAGUGCGACCCUCGCACGCCGGCGUACCCAAGGCGGCCUGAAUGCGCUCGACCAAACCCUGCUGUACAGCCCCGUGCUCACGCAGGGGUGGAACGGGCUCCUCGGGGCGGUGCGCACGGGGUGCACCCUCAGCGACGAUUUGCGCGAGCUCGCGAUUUGUCGUGUUGCGGUGCUCAACCGCGCCAAGUUCGAAUGGAUACAGCACGCCAGGUUGUUAAAGGAGGCGUGGAUCAAGAGAAUGAAAUCUGACAGGAGCGGAAUAGGAGGAGAGGGAGUGAUAGGAUUGGCGAAUGCCGAGGCGGAACUUGAGAAGGGGGCAGAUGAGGUCCUGCGGCUAGUCGAACAAGCACCCGUGCAUGUCUUGGGGACGCUGGCAGAGUAUGAGUCAGCAAGAUUACACUGGGAAGACCGCGGGAGGAAGGUAGCAUUGGACGAGAAGGCACUCGCGGUGCUCGCGUACACGGACGCCAUGACAAGGAACGUCGUCGUGCCUGAGGCAAUCUGGCGACAAUUGAAAGACGCAUUCGCAGAUGAAGAGGAGAGAAGAGAUAGGCUGCUUGUGGAGAUUACGGGCACUGUCGCUGCAUACAACUGCGUUUCUCGGUUCCUGGUCGCUUUGGAUGUUGCUGGGAUGGAGAGGUGGGAUGUGGAGACUGAAGCGAAAUAAAUUUAUCUCGAAGCAAGUUGAACAAUAACGUAAGGUGUAAAUAUCAUGCAUCUCCGACGGUCCGCAAGUACG